CCCCUGUGCCGUCCAUUAGCUCGCUUGUCUAGCUUGUCAUCCUUUAGUGGUAGGUGCAAGCCCACCUCGACCAUCAGCACCAUGAACGCCACGAUGCAGCGCAGCGCCGUUGCCGGCCGGACCAGCGGCAAGGUGGCCACCACGGCCCGUGCCUCAUCCAUGGCUCGCCCUCGCCUGCCAAUUGCUGGCCGCGUCGCUCGCCGGUCCGCUGUGACUGUUCGGGCGGUCGCUGAGCCCGUCGUUGUCGACAAAGCAGUCGAGGCCCCGGCGAAGCCUGUGCCCAGCGGUGGCGACCCCUGGGAGGACGAGAAGUGGACCAAGUACAAGUGGACCGUGUACCGCGGCGUGGCGUACGACCUGACGCCCUACCUGGACCGCCACCCCGGAGGGCGCUGGCUGCUGAACCUGGCCAUCGGCCGCGACGCCACCGCGCUGUUCGAGUCCUACCACCUGCGCCCCGAGGUUGCCGCCUCCAUGCUGAAGCGGCUGCCGGUGCUGGCCGACUUCCCGGUGGACGCCGUGCCGCCCUCGCCGCGCCCCAACGACUCGGAGCUGUACAACGCCAUCCGUGAGCGUGUGCGCAAGGAGGUGUUCAAGGGCACCGAGAUCAAGGGCGCGCACCGCUCCGGCAGCGAGGGCGCGGCCUUCGCGGUGCUGGGCUACGCCGCCGCCAUGUACGCCCUGUACACCUACGACGCCAACCCGCUCACCGGCGCGCUGCUGGGCCUGGGCGGCGCCUGGAUCGGCCUGACCAUCCAGCACUGCGGCAACCACGGCGCCAUGUCCACCAACCCGGUGGUGAACAACCUGAUGGGCCUCACCAACGACCUGGCGGGCGGGUCCAGCCUCAUGUGGCGCUACCACCACCAGGUGUCCCACCACAUCCACUGCAACGACGACGCGCUGGAUGAGGACGUGUUCAGCGCCUUCCCCAUGCUGCGCUUCGACGACCGCCUGCCCAAGGCCUGGUACCACCAGUUCCAGCACGUCUACAUGUGGGCGCUCUUCCCCUUCCUGCAGCUGGUGUUCCAGAUCGGCGACUGGCAGGCGCUGCUGACCAACCGCACCGUGGGCGCCACGCUGUACGGCGCCUCCAACUUCGAGCGCCAGACGCUCAUCGCCGGCAAGCUGGCGCACUACUUCCUGCUGUACGGCCUGCCCGCCUUCCUGCACGGCCCCACCGCCAUGCUGGGCGGAGCCGCCGGCUACCUGUUCACCCAGUCCAUCGUGCUGGCCGCCACCUUCGCCGUGUCGCACAACGUGCCCGAGACCAAGCCGCUGGACCCCGGCCCCACCCGCGAGAACCUGGACGAGAGCGCCGUGACGCGCGACUGGGGCGUGCAGCAGGUGCUGACCUCCGCCAACUGGGGCGGCGUCAUCGGCAACUUCUUCACCGGCGGCCUCAACCUGCAGAUCGAGCACCACCUGUUCCCCGCAAUCUCCUUCAUGCACUACCCCGCCAUCUCCAAGAUCGUGGCGGACGAGUGCAAGCAGCGCGGCAUCCCCUACUCCCACUACGACACGCUGCCCGAGAUCCUGGGCCGCUUCGUGCGCUACAUGAAGGAGGUGGGCGCGGCGCCGCAGAAGCCCGUCAAGCGCGACGGCGAGAUGCUGAUGCUCUCCAAGUUCUAAGCACCCAGCUAGCGGAUUGGGACUUACACCCUUUGUCGGUGGUGCGGAUGAGGAUGAGGAUGCGGAUGCCGGUGUUGCAUUCUGAGGCAGCUGCUGGACCGGCUAAUGGCUGUGGUUAGUGGCUGCGGGCGGAGAGAAGCACGUGCGGCGCGCUGCAAAGGCCUCGGGAGGGAGCCAGGCAGCAGAGGAUUUAGCUAGGCUUGGGCGUUGCGGGACGUUUGUGCGCUUUGGCGCGGAGGGGCACACCCCCACACCAGGGUGGCCCGACCGCGCCUAGGCACACUGCGACCUGGGUGGCAGCCGUGACUCGCGAGUGGGCUGCAGGACAGGGAAGAAUGCGGCGAGAGAUGACUGUAUGAAUAGCUCAGCGGAGAGUUCAUGUUUGUGUUAACGGUGGGUGGGAUGUUGCCGGCUUCGUGCCGCGGAAUGUGGUGCAUCUGUGGUGCUGUGGAGAUGGGUGUGUGCGAGUGUGUGGUACGCCGGCCAGACGUGUGACCCUGGGCGUUCGAUCAUGCGAUCCCUCGAGUGAGGUGUGAUGCGUGCCGGUUUCUUGCUUUUGCCAAGCGUGAGCGUGACGGGAGUGUGAGCGCGAAGCAAUCAGCAUUCGUGAAGUUUUGAAAGCUGUGUUUGAUGGCGAGUCUGCUCUGAUGGCAAGCCUGUGGUUUGUGGACUUGUGAUGUGGUGGUGUGGAGAGGACUAGUUGGUGACGGCGCGGAAGCAGCGCGCUGAGGUGGCCGCGGUCGUGCUGGGUUUGGCGAUCCACACCCGAACAAUCUCGUACCCCGCAAAGUAGCACGGUUCUAGGACCCACCUGAGACGCUGAUGUCUGUCGUGCACGUGUCUUGGUGUUGGUUUGCACCUUCAUGUAAACAGAAGAGGCU